AAAAUAUUUUUCUAGCGUUCUCGAUGACAAUAAGGUCAUGUGACGAUCUAACAUUUUUUACGCAAGCUUUUGGAUAGAUCAGUGUGUUGAACCACUUCUCCGUCCCAAAAUGGCUAAUUGGAUAACCAUCCUUGCUUUCUUGAGUUUGUUGCUUAUUUGUGUCGCCACAGAGGAUGAAGAAUUCAGUCAAAAAUCUUCAACGCCAUCGGAAGAGGGGAAACAUUGGGCAUUGCUCGUAGCUGGGUCCAGUUCUUGGAUGAACUAUAGGCAUCAGGCAGAUAUUUGCCACGCCUACCAAGUACUGCACUCCCAUGGGAUUCCAGAUGAGAAUAUUGUUGUCAUGAUGUAUGAUGACAUUGCUCACAAUGCCGAGAAUCCAACACCUGGGAUCAUAAUCAACCGACCUAAUGGUUCAGAUGUCUAUCAUGGAGUUGUGAAGGACUACACCAGAGAUGAUGUUACACCUGAAAAGUUUCUUGAAGUACUCAAGGGCAACAAAGAGUACAUGAAACACUUUGGCUCUGGAAAGGUCAUUGACAGUGGUCCCAAUGAUCAUGUGUUUGUGUUUUUCUCUGACCAUGGUGCACCAGGACUAAUAGCCUUCCCUGGUCUUGAUAAUGUGCUGACUGCUCAACAGUUAAACAAAGCUAUCAAGUACAUGCACAAAAACAACAAAUACAAGAAGAUGGUUGUCUACAUUGAAGCCUGUGAGUCAGGGUCCAUGUUUAGGAAGCUUCUUCCUGACGACAUCAAAGUGUAUGCAACAACGGCUUCCAGCUACAACGAGUCCUCGUAUGCAUGUUAUUUCGACCAGAAGCGUAGGACCUACCUUGGAGAUGUGUACAGCGUCAAAUGGAUGGAAAACUCUGACAAGGCGAACCUGGAUGUUGAGUCCUUGCUGCAGCAAUUCAAGAUUAUCAAGAGGGAGACCAACACAAGCCACGUUCAGAAAUUCGGUGACAUGAGUUUCGAUAAAGAUCCUCUAGACGAAUACCAAGGAGAAGGUCAAGCGACCAAGCUGCACAGGGAGCCCGUGGGCUCACUCCCAGAAGCGCCGUACGAUGCAGUGCCAUCCCCUGAUGUACCUAUCGAAAUCCUGAAGCACCGACUUGCCGCUGCCACCACAGAGGUUGAACGGCAACAGCUCACCCACGAGAUCAGCGCGCUUUUACAGAUGAGAGAGAAAAUCAAAGCGACCGUGAAACAAAUAGCGAGUCAUGUGAUCGCAAGUGAUAGUCAAAUGAACCGUGUCUUGAUGCGGUCAGCGGAACCUGUCAACUACAACUGCUACGAGGCGGCGAUUCACACGUUUGGUCAGAACUGCUUCCAUUUCAAUGAACAUGAGUAUGCCCUGCGGCAUCUUUAUGUGUUAUCCAACCUUUGCGAAGAAGGGAUUCCUACAGAGAGUAUUGUUUCAGCCAUUAAUGGAGUGUGUGGCUCUCAAUAAAAUGCUACCAAGAACUACAGAGUGCGUGGCUUAAAAGGCAAAUUAAUUAGAUUAGGGCAACAGAUGAAGUUCUUGUAAAGAAAUGUUUCAGUUUUAGCUCAUUCAUUUUUUAUACUUAGAGAGUGUUCAUUAAAUACCCUGAGGGAGGGAAGUUUUUGACUCAGGACAUCCUGAAAUUUCUGAGCCUCUUCUUCAUGUAAACCCCCCCCCCUCUCCUUAAACAACCGCCAGGACUCUAGUAAAACUGAUUUUGUACCUCCCCUCCCCCCUUCCCUUCCCCAUGGUCUAUAAAACUUUUUGUUAUCGUUUGUCGGACAUCAAACGAAAUCGGUGUGUGGGGUAUUUUGGUAUUUCUGUAUUGUAUUUGUAGCGCUAGUAUUGUGUAUCUUUGUAACUCAUGUUUUUGUAACUAAGAUACAAUUAAAAUAAAGUACAAUUAUAAGUUAA